AUGACGGAAAGUCCGUCCGAUGUCCCUAAUAAAGGUCCUCUCUUCGUCAAGGUGACCGCAGUGCUGACUUGCAUUGCGUUCGUCUUGGUGGCCUAUCGACUACUAUGGAAGGGUUAUAUCAAGAGCACGUUCUCGGCGGACGAUAUCAUCAUCUCGUUCUCCAUGGCCGUGCAAAUUGUGAACACCGUGAUGGGUGACUUGGCCUGCCACUUCGCGUUUGGUCGACACAAGGCCGAUAUUGUCAAAACCGGCGGCAACGUUGUUCUAGCCCUGAAGUAUUUCUGGCUCUUCCAGAUCCUCUACAAACUCGUCCUCUGCCUCAACAAACUCUCCUUCUUGGCCUUCUAUCUCCGCAUCUUUCCCAACCGCACAUUCCGCCUCAUCUGCUGGAUCACCAUCUCGCUCGUCCUGACCAGCACAUUCGGCUUCGUCAUCGCCACCAUCUUCCAAUGCAUCCCUGUCCGCGCCAGCUGGUACAAACACAUCCCGAAGAAAUGCGUCAGUAAUGCUAGCUUCCGCUGGUCGUGGGCGGGCUACAAUACGCUGAUGGACAUCUGGGUGUGUCUGAUGCCGCUACCUGUACUGGCACAGCUGCACCUCGACCGCAUCCGGAAGGUUGGGGUCAUGUUGGUGUUCGGCAUGGGGCUGUUUGUGUGCGUCACGAGUAUUAUUCGCAUGUGGGCUAUGGAGGCCAGUACUAAGACGACGGAUCCGACAUGGGGAUCAUUUGAUGCGCUCAUGUGGAGUGCCAUCGAGGCCAGCACGGGAAUUAUCUGUGCGUGUUUGCCAUUCCUGAAGCAUCCGAUUCAAAAGAUGCUGCCUGGGUGGUUUGUGUCCCUGUCGAACGGGUCCCGAAAGAGUCGGAGCCGUACCCGGCCGGGAUAUCAUAUGAGUCGGUUGGGGUCUCGGUCGGGCAAUCACACAGGGGAUAAUUGGGGAAUGAGUCGGGGCGAGGGGGAGAGGGAGGUGGAGGUGGAUGGGGAUGCGGAUGCGGAUGCAGAGAGUCUGGGGAGUGAGGGGCCGAUUGCGAAGAACCAGAUCAUGGUGAAGACGGGUAUUACGAUGCGCAGUGAAAUGGUGUAUCCGAAAUGA